CCUGCACCCCGUUCUACCUUCAGCCCCCCACUGCCACACAGCCGGGCUGACCAGUACGACCUCAGCUGGGACCAGCAGCUCAACCUGGCCUACGUGGGUGCUGUCCCUCAUGGUGGUAUCGAGCAGGUCCGGACCCACUGGCUGCUGGACCUCGUCACGGCCAGGGACUCGGGUGGGCAAAGCCUGAGCUACAACUUCACCCACCUGGAUGGGUUCUUGGACCUUCUCAGGGAGAACCAGCUCCUUCCGGGCUUUGAGCUGAUGGGCAGCCCCUCUGGACGCUUCACUGACUUUGAAGACAAGCGGCAGGUGUUUGAGUGGAAGGACCUGGUCUCCCUCCUAGCCAGGAGAUACAUUGGGAAGUACGGACUGGAGCACGUUUCCAAGUGGAACUUCGAGACGUGGAAUGAGCCGGACCAUGGUGACUUCGACAACGUGUCCAUGACUGCGCAAGGCUUCUUCAACUACUACGACGCCUGCUCCGAGGGUCUGCGUGAGGCCAGCCCGGCUCUGCGCCUGGGCGGCCCCGGCGACUCGUUCUACCCGCCGCCGCGCUCCCGGCUGUGCUGGGGCCUCCUGGAGCACUGUGUCCGCGGCACCAACUUCUUCACCGGGGCGCUGGGCGUGCGGCUGGACUACAUCGCCCUCCACAAGAAGGGCGCGGGCAGCUCCAUCUACAUCCUGGAGCAGGAGCAGGCGGCCGUGCGCCAGAUACUGCAGCUCUUCCCCGAGUUCGCCGACACCCCCAUUUACAACGACGAGGCCGACCCGCUGGUGGGCUGGUCCCUGCCACAGCAGUGGAGGGCUGACGUGACCUAUGCGGCCAUGGUGGUGAAGGUCAUCGCUCAGCACCAGAACCUGCUGGUGGCCAACACCAGUUCCUCGCACGUCCGCUAUGCGCUCCUGAGCAAUGACAACGCAUUCCUGAGUUACCACCCGCACCCCUUCUCCCAGCGGACGCUCACCGCACGCUUCCAGGUCAACAACACGCGCCCGCCCCACGUGCAGCUGCUGCGCAAGCCGGUGCUCACCGCCAUGGGGCUGCUGGCCCUGCUGGACGGAGAGCAACUUUGGGCCGAGGUGUCGCGGGAGGGAGUGGUGCUGGACAGCAACCACACCGUGGGCGUCUUGGCCAGCGCCCACCAGCCGGCCGGCCCUGCCGACGCCUGGCGCGCCACGGUGCUGGUCUAUGCAAGCGACGACACCCGCGCCCACGCCAACCGCAGCGUCGCCUUGACCCUGCGCCUGCACGGGGCGCCCCCGUGCCCUGGGCUCGUGUACGUCACGCUGUACUUGGACAACCGUCUCUGCAGCCCGCACGGCGAGUGGCAGCGCCUCGGCCGGCCGGUCUUCCCCUCGCCAGAGCAGUUUCGGCGCAUGCGUGCGGCGGAGGACCCCGUAGCCACGCCGCCGCGCCCCUUCCCCGCCAGCGGUCGCCUGACGCUCCGCCCCGAGCUCCCGCUGCCCUCGCUGCUACUGGUGCACGUGUGCGCGCGCCCCGAGGAGCCACCAGGCCAGGUGACCCGGCUGCGCGCUCUGCUCUUGACCCAAGGCCAGCUGCUUUUGGUCUGGUCGGAUGAACGCAUGCGCUCCAAGUGCCUGUGGACCUAUGAGAUCCAGUUCUCCCCGGACGGUGUUCGCUCUUUUUUCAGCAGGAAGCCAUCAACCUUCAACCUUUUCGUGUUCAGCCCAGACACAGCCGUCGUCAAUGGCUCCUACCGGGUUCGAGCGGUGGACUACUGGGCCCGGCCAGGUCCCUUCUCGAAUCCUGUACGGUUCCUGGAGGUCCCUGCCCUGUGAGGGCCACCACUGUCCAGUGACUGUGAGCAUGUGCUGAGCGGUGAACCCUGGGCAGCCAGGAGGAGACGUGGGCUGGACCACCAACCACCCGUCGUCAGCUCUAUUCACCCCCUGCUCCUCCCCCACCCCCUUAAAGUGCCUUUCCAUUC